UUCGGUUCGGUAGAGGCCCAGUCGUAGAGCGAGGGGGCAAAAAGCGACUCGCGGGUCAGUCCAUCGCGGGUUCGCGGGCAGUCCCAGGUAACAAGCAGGUGGCGAAGGCGGGCGAUGCCAAGGCUUCGCGACGCUGCCGGUGGAAAAGGGGCGGCGACCGGUGAUCGGCGGGGCAUUAGGGUUGGCCAGGCCAGGCCCGGCCGGCUUUGGCGGUGGGACCCGCGCUAAUGAUGGCAGCCAUUUCUGCUUCUCUCCCUCGCGCGCCCUCUCGCUGAUUGCCGUGGGCCUCGGCCUCGACCUCGUCGAGCUCGCCAGCUCCUCCUCGUCCUGAGCUACGAGCCAAGCUUCGAGCGAGAGAGGGAGAGAGAGAGAGAGAGAGCACUGACAGCCGAGGCAAGGCGAGGGAAGCAGAAGCAGUGGGGAACAAUGGCGAUGGCCUCCUUCUCCCGCGGGAGCUCGAUGGCCUCGUACCGCCUGCAAACGCCGGGGCGGGAUGGCCCGUGCGUGUAGAGUGAUCGGAAGAGGGCGCGAGGGCGGAGCGAAGGAGGGAGCGGGGCUCUCGGAGCUUUUUUGGGUUAGAGGGAGAGAGGGAGAGAGGAGAUUGGGAGAGGGACCGAGGAAUCUGUGCGGAGUCUUGUGGUUGUGACUCGACUGCCAUGGUGACUCGAUUUCGAGUGCAGCUGGGCUCCGUCUUGAGCUCGAGAAGAGCAGGGACGUGAAUGAGCUUGUCCUUGUUCUUCCGCUCAUAGGUGAGCGAGCUGCGCCAGGGCUGAAUGAAAAGAUGUCAAAAGCGCAAUACAGGGGUCUAUCUACCCCGGAAAGGAUAAGAGUUCACGAAGAAGGAUCACCGACAAAAGCUAGAGAAGCAGAAGCAACUGAAAGAGCCCGAAGUCGGUCCACCUGGGACCACCUCACCGCUUGCUUUCCACACUCUGUUCGGCUAUGGAUCAAACAAGUUUGCCAGGACUACGCUUUUUCUCAAGGUUCACAGAAAUAUGGGAUCAAAUCAUCUGAAAGUGGCUCAAGGUCGGGGAAGUCUCUCGAAAGUGGGAGUACAGGUUCUGUGAGCAACAUUGCCUCGGGAGGUUCAUCAGGGUCUCCUCGGAUUUUUUCGUUCGGCUCAAGGUUUUGUUCUUCCUUCAGUUGUAACAAGAAGACCUUUGCACCAUCCUUCCUCCCAUUUUUCCUCUUGUGCGUUAUUGGCGCUUUUGUGCUGGUCACAAUCGCAGGGACUACGAGGCCCUAUCCCAGAGUCGUGUUCCCCGCUCACAAUUAUCGACGGGCGCAACUUCGGGCAUGGAAAAACCUCUAUUAUGGAGGAAUUUUAGGUCUCGGGGUUAUAAAACCCAAGGAAGUAGGGCCAUGUCCUUCCGGUAUGGAAGACUAUGUUCCAUGCCACAAUUUGACGGCCAAUUUAGAAGCAGGCUACAGUGAUGGCAUGGAAUUCGAGCGGCACUGUGAAGUAUCAGAAAAGAAGCAGUGCUUGAUUCCUCCUCCAAAGGAGUACAGGAUUCAGCUGAAAUGGCCAGACUGUAAGGAUGGAAUUUGGCGUGGAAAUUUGCAAAUCAAUACUGGAGCGGACGAGAAGAGGUUCUUAGUCGAAGAAAAUCGGCUGAAGUUUCCCAGCAAAGACUCGAAGUUGAUGGACGACAUCGAAAGAUACUCGGAGCGAGUCGCAUCAAGACUGGAUCUUGAAACCUACCGAGACCUGGGGAAAGCUAAGAUCCGAAAUGUGCUAGAUAUUGGUUGUGGCUCUUCAAGUCUAGGGGCCUUUCUUUGGUCCCACGAUUUGGUGACAAUCUGCCUAGCUCCAUACGAAGAGCAUGGAGGACAGGUGCAGUUAGCUUUGGAACGGGGCCUUCCAGCCAUGAUCGGUUCAUUCGCCGUAACGCAGCUACCUUACCCAAGCUCCUCAUACGACUUGAUCCACUGUGCCAACUGCGGAAUCGAUUUUCAUGUGAAUGGUGGCAAACCAAUCAUCGAGAUUGACAGAUUAUUGAGACCUGGAGGAUAUUUCGUUUGGGCCAAGCCAUCCACUGAUACAUCGGAGGAAUUUGGAGACGGCUAUGCUUGGAAGAAGAUGCAAAAUGUGACAGCAAGUCUUUGUUGGGAGAUCGUUUCACCAUCCGAAAGCGAGCAAAUAGUGAUAUGGAAGAAGAAGCCUUCUUGUUUUGGAUCUCUGGUCCAAGGUGUGGCACCAAAUCUCUGCGAACAAGGUAGAUACGAGGCCGAUUGGUCUUGGCAUCAGCCGUUAAGGUCAUGCAUCACAUUGUCGCCGCCCGUCCGUCGAGUUUCAGUUCAAAAUCAGUUCGCGUGGCCCGCGCGCAUGCACAUAGCCGCCGCUACCUCUGAUGCUGCCAGAACAGGGCCUGGAAGGGAUGAGGUUACAGGAGAACCACGGACUUGGACCGCUGCUGUAGCGGAGUAUUGGUCUCUGUUGACUCCAAUCAUAUUUUCAGACCAUCCGAAAAGACUUGGUGAUGAGGAUGUCUUACCUGCGGCUAGCGUUGUUAGAAACGUGAUGGACCUUAAUGCUGGCAUUGGAGCCCUCAAUGCCGCCCUUCUGGAGACUGGAAAAGCCGUUUGGGUCAUGAAUGUCGUACCAACCAGUGCACCAAAUACUCUCCCCUACAUAUUUGACCGUGGACUUUUUGGAACCAAUCAUGAUUGGUGUGAGGCUUUUCCAACCUAUCCACGGACGUACGACUUGUUGCACGCAGCUGAUCUCCUUUCUCAAGAGCUGAACCGUCCACAUCCAUGUGGCCUAUCCAACCUAUUUUCAGAAAUGGAUCGGAUUCUUCGGCCGGAGGGUUGGGUUAUUCUGCGAGACGAUGUCGAGUCAAUCGAAGAUGCUCGAGCAGUGGCAACUCAGAUGCGAUGGGAGUCCCGGAUGAUUGAGGUUCCGGGUGAUACCGAGCAGCGGCUCCUUGUUUGUCAGAAGACCUUCUGGAAAGCCUAGUGCUUGUCACCUAACACUUCACCUUCCUGUAUAAUGGAUGGCCAAAAUGAUUCAAUCUUAAGAAUGAGUGAAGCGUUACCUGGUGCGUCAGAAAGCGGCCUCUUUGCGGCUGCAAUGUCAUUUUUCUCUAAUUCUGUCCAUGGUAUGUCCAUGUCUUUAGAACAAAUUCAGAGUUACACUAGUCCUCUGCAUUGUGCGACUUAUCGCACCAUUCUUUUCUGUCCUGUCCGAACGUUUCGACAUCAUCAACGGUAAUGUCUCCUUCAGGAGAACUUGAGUAUUAGCUCCAUGUCUAUAUGACGCGAGGACUUUAGUACGGUAUCCUUUUAGAUGGAAAAGAUUAUUUUUAGAUCAAAUCAUUGAGCUUUUAGGAAUGUGAUCAGAUUUGUGUCCAAUGUGGCCGCCAAUGGCUACACAGCGGCGGAGGUCUUGAGAGAAUUUCAACUAGCAAUGUUGAUCAAGAUCCUUUUUCUUCAGUUGUAAAUGUAGUAGACAUUCUGCACACUUUACAAGCAGUAUUUUUUUUCUCUAUUUAUGAAGAAGGAUUCUUUUCUCUUUUAUGAUAGUAGAGCUUUUGUAGGUAGAGUGAUGAAUUGUUUCUGCAGAUAUAGAGAGCUCGUUUGAUGGAUCAUUAUCCUUGUCCAGAACAUUCUGGAUACCUAUAUUUGUUUCCUCGUCACAUUUAGGAAAUUACCCUACGGGGUCAGGGUUCUGGGACGUGAGAAUGAGGCCUGCAGGAAAUACCGAGGCUGCCGUUUUCCAUCUUCCAUCGAGGGACUCUUCUCUGACAGCGAGAGAAGCUUUGCUGAAAUCGGCAAGGACUUGAUGUAGCACUGGUCUUUUGGAG